AGUUGUUGGGCGCUGGGCCGGCGGCGGGAGGGCGAGAGGGCGGCGGGCCGGCGGGCGGAGUGGGCCUGGGCUCGAGAAGUUUGCGCGGCGGCUGGUGAGCGCCGGUUGCGGGCCCCGCCGGCCGUGCGCGCCCGCUGCCAUGGCUUUCCGCCGGAGGACGAAAAGUUACCCGCUCUUCAGCCAGGAGUUCGUCAUCCACAACCAUGCGGACAUCGGCUUCUGCCUGGUGCUCUGCGUCCUCAUCGGGCUUAUGUUCGAGGUCACCGCCAAGACUGCCUUCCUAUUUAUUUUACCUCAGUAUAAUGUUAGCGUGCCUACAGCAGAUGGCGAGACGGUGCACUACCACUACGGGCCGAAGGACCUGGUCACAGUCUUGUUCUACAUCUUCAUCACCAUCAUCCUGCACGCUGUGGUGCAGGAGUACAUCUUAGACAAAAUCAGCAAACGGCUUCAUCUCUCCAAGGUCAAGCACAGCAAGUUCAACGAAUCUGGACAGCUGGUCGUCUUUCACCUCAGCUCGGUGAUCUGGUGCUUCUACGUGGUGGUGACGGAAGGAUAUUUAACAAACCCAAGGAGCCUCUGGGAAGACUAUCCGCAUGUGUACCUCCCCUUCCAGGUGAAGUUCUUCUACCUGUGCCAGCUGGCCUACUGGCUGCACGCACUUCCUGAGCUCUACUUCCAGAAGGUACGGAAGGAGGAGAUUCCCCGGCAGCUCCAGUACAUCUGCCUGUACCUGGUCCAUAUUGCAGGCGCGUACCUCUUAAACCUGAGCCGCCUGGGCCUGGUCCUGCUCCUGCUGCAGUACUCGGCCGAGUUCCUCUUCCACACGGCUCGGCUCUGCUACUUUGCCGACGAGAACAACGAGAAGCUGUUUAACGCCUGGGCUGCUGCAUUUGGAGUCACCCGCCUCUCCAUCCUCACCCUCGCCGUGCUGGCCAUUGGCUUUGGCCUCGCUCGCGUGGAAAACCAGGCCUUUGACCCCGAGAAAGGGAACUUCAACACGUUACUUUGCAGGCUGUGCAUGCUGCUCCUGGUGUGCGCCGCCCAGGCCUGGCUCAUGUGGCGCUUCAUCCACUCCCAGCUGCGGCACUGGCGCGAGCACUGGAGCGAGCAGAGCGCCAAGCGCAGAGUGCCCGCCGCGCCCAGGCUGGCAGCCAGGCUCAUCAAGAGGGAGUCGGGUUACCACGAAAACGGAGUGGUGAAAGCAGAGAACGGAACCUCCACACGGACUAAGAAACUCAAGUCUCCUUAGGGCCAAAGUGCUGAGAACAGGAAUGCUCUCACGGGCCCAGCAGGGAGGCCCCCUCCUGCUCUGAUGCCCCAUCUCACACAGCAGAAACCUGUCUUCACACAGGGCCUUUUCCUCUUCCUUACGUCUUGGCUUUCUCCUCUUCUUUCUCUGUGAACCAUUCUCAAUAAAACCAAAAAUCUUCCUCUUUCCCUCUCUCCAGCCACCUCACAUCCUCACCUCUGUCCUGUCGGGUUUUCUAGAAGCCUGGCCUCUCACGGUUACCUUUCUGCUGGCCUUUUCUUUCUCUUCCUUCACAGCUGUUUCCUUCUCUUUUUACUUGUUAAUUUACCUUACUGUGCAAUUUUUCUGUGUCUGAUUUUUACAACGAGAGGAGGCGAAGCCUGUAGUGCUGGCCGUCCCCCACCCAGUCCCCAGGACCUGUCUGGGUCGGCAGCCUCGUGCCGGGGAGCCUCCACCAGGGCCGGCGGCAGAUCCCCGUGCGGAUGGGCAGCAGAAAGGGAGACUGGCCGUCCUGGAUCGUCGUCUCCUAGGUGCUGAGGAACUGACGAGAGUAUGAUUCCAGUCCUGUGCGCACCAUCUUGAGGCCCCGCGGGGCCGCUGCUAGUUGGAAGUGCCAAGGCAUUUGGCUUUGGGACAUGAUGACUCGGUCCAGAAGGAUGGUGCUGACUGUCUCGGGUCCCGUGACUCGGGAGAGCUCACCAGUGGCCGGUCCUGGACACCAGCCCGCUCUCUGUCGGGGACGCGCUGAAGGAGGACGAGUCUUCCCACUCUGCAGCAACGGCAAAGCGACCAGAGCGGCGGGCUCCUCUGCAAAGGUAAUGCGGCAGAAAUGAUGGAGGCGCCAACCUAGCCUUUCUUUGGCAGGUCCAGCUGCAUUGCUCUUCCCACUGUUCACCAGCAUCCAAAACCAAACCAAGCAGCAGUUAACAAAGCAGCCUGGCCGGGGACGUGCUGGUGCUAAACCCCAGGCCCAGCAGCCCAGUGGGCGCCGGCCUUGCACCUGACUUCAUCUCUCUCGCGGCAGGAACACUACGCCCCCCCGUGGCCCCUGGUGCCCCAGGGUCGGUCACCUGGGCCCCUUGUCCUCUGGCCUCGCUGAGUGUCCUUUGGAAUUGUCGUUGUCCUCUGCUGCCGUUGGCUGAGCGCACCCACAGCGUUUUAGAUGGUUUGAAACCAGGCUGACUCAGAAUCGCUGUGCUGGUUAGAUGGGCAGACACAGCCAUGCUGACGUGCAUCUUUUGGCCCCCUUCCCGCACAUGUUCUCCCCCUCUCCCCAAAGACAAGGCCUCCAGCAAGGAGCUAGGCUCUCAGCAAGGAGGCCUGAAUGCUGUGGGCACAAGGAUGUUAGUGUCAUUUGAUGUGCUGGUCCUCUUCCUGACAUCACAGCAGAAACCAAACUGGAUUAUUACCCAGAAGGUGGGGAAGUGGGUCUUUUCAUCAAGGCAGCUCCCUUUUCCAGAUCACUUGCAUCAGAGAGAAGUUUUAAUCUACCAGUGCUUGGGGACUUGCUUCCUGACACCCUGGUAGACCCUCAUCUCUCUGUUCAGGAUUAGGCCGGGGAGAUGGGAAGAUCUUCUCUUAUUUUGAUUACCCUUAGGAGAGGGACAGCGCUUUUGAAAAUGCGAAUUCCUCCCAUCUUUCCUUCUCCUUCCCUGACACUUAUCUGGGCUGCAAAGCAGAAUGUUGGUGAAAGGGCGGCUUGUACCAACCCCGCAGGCCGAGUCUGGAACCCCUCAGCCAUUCAGUCAAAUGGUCCUCCCUCCCCGCUCGUGGCUGUGGCUGUGACUGUGACUGAGCCAGUGUUCCUACUUGGCCUAGGGAUGCUGUGCAGCCCACGUCAGCCUGCAGCCUCCUAAGCCUGGCCUAGUCCUCUCCAGGCUGUGUCCCUGGCCUUGGCACUGCUUCUGCUGCGUGCAGGAGGCCGCCCCCCCACCAGGGAGCCCUGCUGAGUCAUGCCUUCAGCGGGUACCUGGCCUCCUUGCUGUGGGCUCGGGAGGUGGGAGCUGCAGCCGAGGUCCUGCCAUCGGGCAGUGACUCUUCUCACAUUCAGAGGUGAUUGCCGCCAGAGCACACGUGCUUGGUGUGCUCUUGGUCUCCUGUAAGUUGGCCCCUCGUACCGUGUGCCUCCUCAAGGUAGUACCACCAGCCCGGGGCCGGGCUAACUCUUGCCACCUCCUAAAGGACGGGGUUGGGUCCCUGAUUGAGAGUUGGGAAAAUCUUCCCUGCUGCGUGAAACCCCUGAGACCAUGCGUGAGGCUAGCAUCCCACCGGCCAGUUUCAGGAAUGGUUUGAGGGGAGGGUGAGAAGAAAACUGUAGGUGUUCUGUCACCCCGGGCGUGCCUGGCAUGUUUGCUUCAGAGCAGAGCCAAGCCAUGGCAGGCUGGCUCGAAGCGUGUUACCAGGGGCCGAAAGAACUCACUUCCAGUUCGUCCUGAGAGCCUGUUGGGUUGGCUUGUCCUGAUUUGGCCGUUCUAUGUUCUUCAGUCUUAAACACUCUCUGUGAAGGCCCGGCCAGACCCCCGAGUUUGAGAGGCCACUCAGUGCCAUCCGUCAGGAGGAGAGCAGAUGCUAACCUACCUCAGCAGCCCCCGCCCUCCCAGCAUCCCUGGCUGGCACGCAUGCAGGGGCGCCGGGCAGGGUGGUGUGGGAGAGGCUGGGGGAUGGACGGGUGAUCCCAGCUGCCAGUGCCCCUCCUUGGAGGCUCCGUGAUGGGAAGUUAUUUUUACCCUCCAGGCUCUGAUAGCGACACUAUAGUAGGUUACAGGUGCCCCUUCUGAAGGCAGGGCAGGUUCUGGGGGAAGGAGAAGCAGGCCGAGCCAGACCUGCAUCUUGGCGGAGAGCCUUUUCCCUUCCUGUCCCAAGGUGGAGCUACCAACGUUUCAGAAACCAGACUCGACACCUGUGCUCUGGCCACCUCUGCAGAUGCUCCUCUUGACUUGAAAGCCUUGGCGCCGGGCGGGCUGUUCUGGGAUGCAUGCAGCUGCGUUUGCUGUGGGGACCUUCUUUCUCGUACCUUUGACUUUCUCCUAAGUGCUGAGUAAGAGGUAUAGGGGCGGAGAGUGCGCCCCCUCCCGAUUCCACACAGAAUUGUAGUCCCUGGGAGCCUUUUUAAAUUCAAAGUGGCGCGAAGCCCCCCCACCGCUUAGGGUUUCCUUUGGGCUUCAGCCUCCUUGGUGGUCUGGGCUAGGCCUGGGGGCCAGGAAGGCAGGGAGGUCUGCACGGGACUCAGUCCCCUCCUGGGGCGUCAGCGUCCCAGUGAACAGAACCCGUUCCUGAUGGCCGGGGCCUCUGCUUCUGUGGGGAGUGGCCUUUCUCCCCCUCCCGGCUGCCAUCCUAGCUCACAGCCCAGCUGCUCAGGAGGGACUGGGCGGGACUGGAGAACUGGGUCUUGACAGAUCACUUGGAACUCAGGCCGAGUCUCCGGCCCCGCGAGGAGCCUUCACCAGCUCCCCCCUGGAGCCUAGUUCUCUCGUGAACAGUGACUCCUCUGAAAAGGCUGAGGGUGACCGCCAGUCCCCUGUCCCCUCCCCCCAGCAGCUCGCUCUCUUUACGGAGGGCCCCGAAAAGCACGGGGAUUCCGGCUCUGUGCGGCCCCUUUUUGCCCCGAGCUGAUCCUGUAUCUUUUUGUGUCAGAAGUGCCUUAUGUGCCAUGGUCUCCUGGCCUCCACUUGCACUGUGUGGCCAGCCCCCCGGGCCCUGGCACAGUUACAUGUUAAAGGGACACGGAUUGUGACAGUUUCACCUCAUUCGUCUUAGCCUCACCGCCACCCCCGCCACUGUCCGGGUCUGGUGGUGUCCGGUUUCUCCCUUGUGUCUGGUGGCUGUGAGGGCCCCUUCACGGGCACCUGGCUGUCAGAGAAGCUCGGGGCUCCCAGGGGCACCAGACCUCCGCGCCUCAGCCCACGUGGUAAGCCUUGCUCAUCCAGCUCCCCUUGCACGUGAAAGAGGAGGCACCCUGGCUCUAGCCUCUUCUCAUCCAUACUGCUUCCCGUUCGACCCCGCGUUUCUGCGGUAAGGUGUUUACUCUCACUUCCCGGUCACAAGCGGCGCUCACAGGUGCCUGUCUGACGUGGGUCCGGGGGGACUGUUGCAGGGCACCCCUCCCCCCCACGCGGUGUGCCCGCCCCUCGCCUGCCUCGUCUUUGCUCUUCCGGGUUGUGCAAUACCUCUCCUAGCCAGCGGUCUUUCCCACAGGCCGUCUGUCCCUUCCAGUGCCUGGCCACUGGGGUGGACAGGACCCACGGGAGGGUGGUCGUCAUCCCCACAGAAGAAACAGUAGCCACGCUCCCUCUGUUGCUGUCAUUCUUGUGACCCUGGUGGCACUCUAAGUGGAACACUGUAGCAUCAUCUUUGAAGUCCAUAUAGUUUUAAAACUGUUGAAAAGGAAAAACACCAUCCUCAUGAUGGGGCAUUAAUAAGUCAGCAUCUGGGAAUAAGAUCCGUGUGACACCUGCGGCAUCACCAUCAGUUCGCUGUAAGGGUUCUAGAGUUUCUUGUUCGUGUGGAGAGGAAGGAGGUUUUCCUGGGAAUCGGCCACACAUGGACAGCCCUGGUCAUCUGAUCAGAUCUGACUGGUUGUAAGUACCACCAUUUCCUUGGGUACAGAUUCAAGUGUUUAUGUAAUGAGACUACACACCUCAUUUUUUCAGUUCCUCUUGUUUAACAAACAUCUGAAGGAUGAGCUGAGGCUGCCGGUGCCCUGAGCAACUCAUAAUGCAAAUGUGGACAAAGCGUUUUUUUGUUUUUCUACUUUAGCCUGUUCAUGUUAUGGACCAAAUUUCAACAAGGAACUCAAGGAAAAUUUGUACCUGCCAUAUUUAUGCUUUCAUGUAAAAGGGUUUUUUUUGGGGGGGGGGGGCUCUUUUUACUUUCAGUGAACAUUUUUCCAAAUCCUUUUUUUUUCUGUCCGGUUUUAAAACAAAUUACGGUUUUGUAUGGAUUUUUUUAAAUGUACAUUUUGAAACAAAUGAUCGACAAAUAUUUUUGAAAAACUGAAUAAAAGGCCUUGACUUAUUCGCCUGCUUGUCUCGGGUAUAAUUCCUUCUAUUCCUUUUUAUCUGGAUGCUCACAUUUGCUUUUUUUUUUUUAAGUUGCAAGCAUUAUUUUAUUCCACCUCUUAGAUGGCUAUCUGGGAAUUGAUUAGAGUAUGUUUCUCCCCUGAAGACUGAAAAGGAUAAGAGCG